GCACACUGUGCAGCCCCCCGUCUCAGGGUCCAGCCCCCCAUCUGAGGUCCCAGCCUGCAGGCGCCAGCUCAGUCUCAGGUCUUUCACAGAAAGCAGUCCUCCUUCUUCACUGCAGGCUGCCACCGGCUGCUGCUGCUGCUGCUGCUGCUGUAUCGUUUUCAAGGUGACCCUGCUGCAGGAUGUCUUCCGCCCCAGAGCUGCCCACUGCCCUCUUCACCACGCUGCCCACCUUCCCCUCGGCCACUCCAGGCAUCCCGGCCAUGGAGCUCAAUGCCACCUCCUGCCAGGAGUGGGAGCAGGCCCACCACCUCCUCUUCCACCUGGGCAGCCUGUCCCUGCUGUUGGGGCUGGUCAUCCCCACCACCCUGAGCCUGCACAUGAUCCUGCUGCGCCUCCUCCUGAUGACAGGUCUGUCCACAGCGCCUCCUGCUGACACCAUUCCUCUGCUGAUAACACUAAAUAUAAUCACAGCUUUAACCCUUUGA